AUGAAAUACGGUGAUUUUUAGAGACUACUUUCAGAGGAAGAUGAAUUAAUAUAAAUAUCUAGAGCAUAGUUGGAAUAAUUAAUUCUAAGAAAUUAACUAUCUGAAGUACUUCCACCUUAAAAAUAAUCCUCCAAAAAAAUUGUAAUAAAAUAGGCCCAAAAAAAACAAAAAUCUUAUUAAUUUGCUGAUGUUCAUUAUUGGACUAUUACAUAAUUUGAUUGGGAUACAAAUGUAUUAAAAGCAUUAAAAGGAGCAUUUGGUAAAGAAUAAUUUAAAGCAAAUUAAAAAGCAAUAAUAAAUUGUGUAUUAGCAGGAAAGGAUGUUUUUGUUUGUAUGCCAACUGGUUAUGGAAAAAGUAUAACCUUUUAAAUACCUGCUUUUGUAGAAAAUGGUAAAAUUUUGACAUGAUAUUUAGGUGUUUCAAUUGUUGUAAUGCCAUUAAUUUCAUUAAUAUUUGAUUAAGUACAUUAUCUUACAAGUCUUGGUAUUCCAUCUUUAAAUAUGAGUGGUUCAAAUAGACUUUUAACAGCAUAAUAAAUUCUAGACUAAAAAAUAAAAUUAAUUUAUACUACUCCUGGUAUUAUUAUUAUUAAAAUUAAAAAUUAGAAAAACUAGAAAAAUCUGAAGCAUUUAAAUAAAUUUUAGGUGAUCUAUUUAAUAGAAAAUUAAUUAAAAGAUUUGUAAUUGAUGAAGCACAUUGUGUAAGUAAAUGGGGUAGAGAUUUUAGACCAGAUUAUUUAAAAUUGAGUAAUGUUAGAAAUGAAUAUCCAAAUAUUCCUAUUAUAGCUUUGACUGCCACUGCUCCAGAAGAGGUUAAAGAAGAUAUUAUUGAUGUACUUUAAAUUAAAGGUUGUUUAUAUUUAUAAUCUUCUUUCAAUAGACCAAAUCUAAUCUAUGAAGUAAGAUAAAGAGAAGAAUUUAAAAAAACUGUCUAAGAAAUUAAAGAAUUUAUCAAUUCUACAUAUCCAAAACAAUCUGGUAUCAUAUAUUGUCUAACUUAAUCUGAAUGUCAAACUCUAUCAUAAAAUUUGAUAAUUCAUGGUAUAGGAUCUGAUUUUUAUCAUGCUGGUCUUAAUGAAAAGGAAAGACAUAGGAUUCAUAAGAAUUGGUUGAUGAAUGAAGUACAAGUAAUAGUUGCAACAGUAGCAUUUGGAAUGGGAAUUGAUAAAAAGGAUUGUAGAUUUGUUAUUCAUUUUUAAAUGCCUAAAUCUAUUGAAAAUUACUAUUAAGAAAGUGGUAGAGCAGGAAGAGAUGGUAAAUAAGCACAUUGCCUUUUAUUUUAUAAUAAUAAUGAUUAUAAAACUAAUUUAGUAAUUUUUAUAAUUUAUAUAUAUAGUAUUUAAUGGAUACAAACACAGAAAUGACUCCAUAGAUGUAAAAAUAUAAUAUUAAAAAGUUGGAUUAAAUGCAAUAAUUCUGUUAUGAUAGAGUAUCAUGCAGAAGAGUCUUAUAACUAUCAUAUUUAGGUGAAAAUUUUGAUAAAACAUUAUGUAAUUAAAAAUGUGAUAAUUGUGAAAGAGAUGAUGAGAAUGUAGAGAAAAUUAAUUUAACUAAAGAAGCCCUAAAAAUACUUGAGUGUUUAGAUAAAUCUCAAUUAACAGAAAAUUAAUUAAUUUAAUGUUUAAAAGGUGCUCAUGACAAAAAGAAAUCCCAAAAUUCAUAAAAGAAUGUUGAAUAGAUCUUUGGACUAUUUAAACAUAAUCCUCGUAAUAUAACUCCUUUAUUAAAUUAAUUAAGAGCAUAAAAUGCCUUAAGUUAAAAUGUUUAAUGUUACAAUAUUAAAGGAAAUUUCAAAAAUAAAGUUGUUUAUUUAAUACCUAAUUCUGAAACAUCAAUUAGUAAUGUAAUAAUUUCCAUUCCCAAAGAAAAAGAUAAAAAACCAUAGUUUUUAGAUUAAAAAUCUGAUAAUCUUUUUAAAAAAUACUUAUCAAAAGGUAAUAAUAAUUAAAAUAAUAAUGUUAUAAAUUUGUAAAAUAUUUAAAAAAAAGAUUUUACAUUUUAAAAUGAAAUCAACAUUGGAACUGAACAUAAAAAAUUGGAAUAUGAUAAAUAAUAUGGUUAUUGUUAAGAAGAUCAAUUUAAUGAUUUAAGAGAAAGAUUAAUGUUUGUUCGUAAAAAUAUUUAUAUAGAAAUGACAAAUGAUGCUUCAAAUUAAAUAAUUAAUAUUGAUUUGGUAUUAUCAACUGAUGAUAUUGAAGAAUUGUGCAAAAAACUUCCAAUUACAAUGAUUGAAUUAAAUGAUCCAUUCAUUUGUAUAGCCUAAGAAAUUAAAAAAUUAUAAUAUAUGAAACAUUUUAUUGAAGAAGUUGCUCAUUUUGUUGAUAUGGAAAAUAUUAAUAAACAAUUAUAUGAAAAACGUAAAUAUAAUUUAAUAUUCUAGCAAAACAAAAUGAAACAAUAUUUGAUUAAGUAUUUGAGUUUUAAAAACAUAUAAGAAUAGAUGAUGAUGUUAUUGAUAUUACAAAUUAAGAAUUUAUUGGUAAAUAAUAAAUAUUAAAUUUAGCUAAAUAAAAAGAGAUUGAAGAAUUACUAAUAAAUGGUUAAGAGAAUGAUUAAUUCUUAGAUGAAGUAUCAAAUUUAUUAAAUUUAGUUAUUAAACUUUAUUGAAGAUGAUGAAAUUAAUAAAUCUCCUGAUAUCGUUAUUAUAGAUGAUGACAAUGCUAUAAAUUAUUUUACUUAAAACUAAAAAUCACAAAUUAAAUAGUAGGAGUCUAUUAUUGAACCUGUAUAAUAAUAAUAGACAUUUUAAUAAGAUCUAAAAUAAACUUCUAAAAUUGAAGGUCAUUAAUAACCUAUAAAGCUUAAAUUAAAUCUUAAAAGAUCAUUUUUGUGA